AUGCGCAACAGCAGUGCAAGAACAACUGUGCUGAUACCGCCGACGCGUGAACCUCCGGGAGGGCGUGGUUUACACCCGAUCUCUCUGCACCGAGCUUCUGAAACGAGUCUGAGACCUAGCAGAGCCUGGCGCGGCAGGAAAAGGCGACGGGCCGCUGCCGGAAGAAGCGACGGUCAGAGCCCGUGCAGGCGGGACGGCGGAGUGAGCUUGCCGGCCAGGGGCCUGAGCCUGUGCGCACCCGACGCCACCAACGCAGCGAGUCUCGCCUUAGGGUCACGCAUGCGAGGUCCCAGGUCCAGGGUCCCGCCGAGGUGUUGCCAUGGCAACCACUCCCCCGCGAGACUAGAGCGCGUGCGUUACUCCUCGCCCCGCCCACAAGGGGGCGUGGCGGCGGUGGAGCCCACCCUGGGGCGGGCGAGCGGGCUGGAGUCGGCCUCUCGUGGCGCCUGGCGCCUGUGGAAGUUGCCUGCUGAGAAGAUCCGGGGAGCCGCCGGACCACGGACCGGCGUGCGUUCUCCCCGCGCCCCUCUCGGGCGUCCGCGCUCCGGCGUCCUGGCUGCCCUGUUCGUGGCUAUCCGGGCAGUGGCCUGGCUGCUGGUUGGGUUGGUCGGGCUCGCCCACACGCUAGCCUCGGCCUUCUCCGAAGUCCCCUUCUUCGAUGGCAUCAGGGCCACUUGUUCUGAAAUUGUUUUGAGGCAAGAAGUUUUGAAAGAUGGUUUUCACAGAGACCUUGUGGUAAAAGUAAAAUUUGGAGAAAGCAUCGAAGAUUUGCAGACCUGCCGACUCUUAAUUAAACAUUAUAUCCCAGCAGGACUUUUUGUGGAUCCAUAUGAACUGGCUUCAUUAAGAGAGAAAAAUGUAACAGAGGCAGUGAUGGUUUCAGAACACUUUAAUAUAGAAGCCCCCAACUAUCUCUCCAGGGAAUCUGAAAUUCUCAUGUAUGCCAGGAAAGAUGUGCAGUGCAUCGAUUGCUUCCACUCCUUCUUACCUGUGCACUACCGCUACCAUCGGCCACAUAGCAAAGAUGGAGACACACUUAUUGUGAUUAACAACCCAGAUCUGUUGAUGUACUGUGACCAAGAGUUUCCAGUUUUGAAAUGCUGGGCUCAAUCCAAAGUAGCAGCUCCUUGUGCUUUCAAGAGUAAGGAUAUCUGCCAGUGGAACAGUAUGAAGUAUAAAUCGAUCCUCAAGAAUGUGACCCUACAUGUUCCAGUGGGACUGACUAUACAUACCUCGUUAGUGUGCUCUGUGACUCUGCUCAUUACCAUCCUGUGUUCUAUUUUAAUCCUUCUUGCUGUUUUCAAAUAUGGACACUUUUUCAUAUAAGUUUUUUACAGUUAAAUGUUUUCUGUAAUCCUCAAUAGCUCUUAUUUAUUUGUGACUAGAAAUGCUCUUCUAAAAUUAA